AUGGCUUUGCGCGGACUUAAAGUACUUGAACUAUCUGGUUUAGCGCCAGUGCCAUUCUGUGGUAUGCUUCUUGCUGAUUUCGGUGCAUCUGUCAUACGUAUCGAUCGACCUGAUGAUCGACAAAAUGCUCGACUUGAUCGACUUGCACGAGGCAAACGAUCGAUUUCGAUUGAUUUGAAAGUUCCGAAAGGCAUAGAAGUGUUUCGUCGUCUAUCAUCGACGGCUGAUGUUCUCAUCGAACCAUUCCGACCUGGUGUUAUGGAAAAACUCGGUCUAGGUCCAGACAUAUUACUCAACGAGAACAAGGGUCUUGUCUAUACCCGCGUAUCAGGCUAUGGACAAGAUGGAUCAUUUGUCAAGAAGGCUGGACACGAUAUUAACUAUUUAUCGAUUAGUGGUCUGCUAUCAAUGUUGGGAAGAUCGAACCAGAAACCGCAUGCACCAAUUAAUUUAGCUGCUGAUUUUGCUGGAGGUGGUCUAUUAGCCGCUUAUGCAAUUAUGGCUGCCAUAUUCGAACGGCAAACGACAAAACAAGGACAAGUACUUGAUUUAUCACUUGCCGAAGGGUCGGCAUAUGUCAGUUCGUGGAUGUGGACUUCACGUGAUCUACCAAUGGUGUGGUUUGGUAAUCAACGUGGUGAAAAUUUACUUGACGGUGGAGCUCAUUUCUAUGAUACGUAUGAAACAUCCGAUGAUCUCUAUAUGGCUGUUGGUGCAAUUGAACCACAAUUCUAUAAGCAACUUUUAAUCGGCCUUGGUCUCGACCCGAAUGAUGAAACACAUAAUCAAAUGAACAUUCAUGAAAUGAAGAAGAAGUUCGAAGAGAUUUUCAAGAGAAAAACUCAAAAAGAAUGGACAGAAAUAUUCGAUAAAUUAGAUGCUUGUUGUACACCAGUGUUGAAUUGGGAUGCCGCAUGUAAACAUGAACAUAAUCAAGACAGAAAGAAUUUCCUAUUCACAAAUGAAAAGCAAGAACAACCUAUUCCAAAACCAGCACCUCGCUUUUCAGCAUCGAAACUACCAGCUAUCGACCGACCAGCACCAAACUCAGGUGAACAUUCAGCUGAAAUUUUACGUGAAAUCGGCUACACUACCGAACAUAUCGAAACACUGAUCAAAGAGAAUAUUGUUCAAAGUUCUCAACUUCCUAAGUCGAAAAUAUAA